GCUGCGGGCGACGCCCCAGAGCGGAAGAGGGAAGUGGAGGCACCAGGCUUCGGGUUCCUGCGGGGCUGGGCUCGCUGAGGUACAGACAGCUCCUAGAGGAGGCCUUCGCCGCCGCUCCGGAUCGAGGAUGUCGAAGAACACGGUGUCGUCGGCCCGGUUCCGGAAGGUGGACGUGGAUGAGUAUGACGAGAACAAGUUCGUGGACGAGGAAGAUGGGGGCGACGGGCAGGCCGGGCCCGACGAGGGCGAGGUGGACUCCUGUCUGCGGCAAGGAAACAUGACAGCCGCCCUGCAGGCAGCUCUGAAAAACCCCCCUCUCAACACCAAGAGUCAGGCGGUGAAGGAUCGGGCAGGCAGCAUUGUCUUGAAGGUGCUCAUCUCUUUUAAAGCUAAUGAUAUUGAAAAGGCAGUUCAAUCCCUGGACAAGAAUGGUGUGGAUCUGCUAAUGAAGUAUAUUUAUAAAGGCUUUGAGAGCCCCUCUGACAAUAGCAGUGCUGUGUUAUUGCAGUGGCACGAAAAGGCACUUGCUGCUGGAGGAGUGGGGUCCAUUGUUCGAGUGCUGACUGCCAGGAAAACCGUGUAGUCCAGCAGGGACUGGGUUAUCUUCGUGGGCGUCGGAGUUGCUGGUACAAAGACCAAAACAACCAAAUGCCACCAUUGCCCUUUGGGUAGCACCUGUUUCUCUCAGCUUUGCCUUCUUGCUUCCUCUUUCAUAUCUGUAAAGAAGAAAAUUACAUAUCCAUUUUCCUUUAAUGAAAAUUGGGAUAAUAUAGAGGCAAUUUUUCAACAGGAGUGUUUCACGCUCUCAAAACUAUUUCUGUAAUGUGUAUACCAGUCUGUACAUAAUAUAAUUUACAUUCAGGUUUAACUGUGCAGUUUUCAACCUCUAUUGGCUUGUGGGUUUUGUUUCGCUGUUUUUUGGUUUUUGGUUUUGUUUUGCCUAAUAGUGAUUCAUUUGAUGUCAAUUUGAUGACAAUUUCCUAACUCAGUGCUAGCCAGGAAAUGAUCGUUAUUAAAAAUAUGUUUGAGAAACUGGCAGCUGUCAACAUGGUAAAACUGGACCAUGCUUCCCUUAUUUAAGCAAAAUGUGUUUCUGGCACAAGUGGUUGAUGAACGCCACUGUCAAGUUCUAGCUUUGUUUCUGCUUCUCUCCAGAUUACGUGAGUUUAAGUAUGCUUCUCUUCUCUGCAUCCAACGAUCAUGGCCUCUCGGUUUCUUUGUGGUCACCAGGGUCCAGAGCAAGGAGUCUUGCUCUAUACUAAUGUUUCUGUGAGAUACCAGAGCCUGUUGGGAAUGCUCAACAGACUUUGGUUCCAAUAGUACGGCCCUGUUUGGGAAAACACAUCAGAAAGGACGUGGAAACUGAUGUAGUUCAGACUCUGGCAGCCUUUGAAUGAAAUGCUUUUUUCCUUAGAACUAUAGUAGCUGCCUUAAAAUGAUGAGAUAAUAUAACUAGUAUUUAACAUGCCCUAUAAAUGUCUUCAGUGUUCUUCAGGGUAAUUGGGAUCUCAAAAGAUUUGGUUCAGAUCCAAACACAUACACACUGUAUUUUAGCUUAAUGUUUUUUAAAAAAAGAAAAUGCCACACAGCAAAAAGUGUUUACUUUGUUGGACAAACCAAAUCAGUUCUCAAGAAAAUGACUGGUGCUUAUCAAAAGUUGUUAUUUAGUAGCUCCAAAACCAACCACCUGAAUGCAUCUGACCAAGAGGAAAAUCUGCCUGUUUAGUAUUUACAUUGGACACCAGUUUCAUAAUCACUGACCUAUGUGAAAACUGGUACAGGAAUUCUGUAAACUCUUUGCUGUUUUUGAUACCUGCCUUUUGUUUUGUAAAAAUGAUAAAGUUCAAAAAAUAAAA